AUGUUCAGCAAAUUGGUAGCUUUCGGUGCGAUGCUGGCCGCAGCCAAUGGACACGGCCACGCCGUAUCGUCCCAAAGCAUCGUCCAUCACGGUGGUCACUACGCCGCUCCAUACGCCGCUCCGUACGCCGCGCCAUACGCCAUCCCGUACGCCGCGGGGUACGCUGCACCGUAUGAAGCGGCGUACGCCGUGCCGUACGAAGGUGGUUACGCUCAUCCCAAAUACGCGUUCGAGUACUCCGUAUCUGACCCUCACACCGGUGACCACAAGUCGCAGCAUGAGACCCGCGACGGAGAUGUUGUACGUGGCCAUUACUCACUGGUACAGCCUGAUGGCUCCGUGCGCGAUGUCGAGUACACCGCCGAUGACCAUAAUGGAUUCAAUGCCGUGGUACAUACCUCGGCUCCCAAUCUCCACCCGGCUCCUGAGUACCACCAACACUAUUAAUGAGUGGAUUUAUAUUGACGACCUGCUGAAACCAAA